UUCGCCCCCACAGUCAUCUGCGCAGACCCCUUCGCGUCGCGCUUCUGUGGAUCAUGUCUACACGCGUUCAGAAGGGCGGUACGGUCUUCAGACCUGUCGCGAGACCGAGGGCACGUCCAGGCUCCGCCGCACCGGAGGCGCAGACUUCUCUAGCAAAUGUGGAGAAUGCACGGAACCAGGGAACACCAGCAUCGACAUCGCAUAGCAUGCCACCGCCUGCUCACGUUCCAUCUAAAGCGACGGCAGACUCCUUGCCGCACACCGUCGAUGCCUCACGCGGGUCUACUCUCGUACAGAACCCGACAGGCCAAGAUCAUCAGGAGAAUGACAUACCUCCGGCUUUGAUAUCCGCGUCUGUCAUCGUUGUUCCCGGCCACAUUACACCCCGGCCACCUGCUAUCCAGAGCCACCAGAGGAUAGAAGCCAGUCGUACAUCUCAACCAGUACUCCCUAAUGGUGGUACUGCUGUAUCUGUACCUUCGAGGGCAGUCCCCGUUGUCGUUUCUCGAGCAAAGGCUAUCCAGGGCACCGCCGCAGCCGCAGCUUCUACCGUUCCUUUUGCCCCUCGACAGACGGAGAACAGCCAAGACCCGCCCCCACAGCCGCAACCUGAUGUCACAGCGAGCAGAUCUACGCAUGCCUCUCCACUGCAGGCGGGUUCGUUUGACAUGUCACAGAUUGAUCCGUCUUUGCAGUCGGCGCUACAGACGUUCCCAGAACACGGUGUUGCUGCACCGUCUUUCAUAGAAGGGUCGUCCAGGACGCUGGACGGCAAUGGCGCUGCGCAUACAUCACUCGAUUCUGGCGUCCAGGACGACCAGGACUCGGGCACCGCGAGCAACCUUGCUAACACAAGCACGCCGUCACAGGCCAAAGCCAAACGUAGGCGGACGAAAGCCUUGCAGGAAGGGGACACGUCGUCGGAAGGUCGUCCCAGAAAGCGACGCACCCAGCACCAACAACGGGACGGGUCCGUCACUGAAGGAGACGACUCCCAGACCGGUGAAGCCGGACGGAAGCGUAGAGGGAAGUCUCGAGCACCUUCGGUUCCGCUGUUUGAUCCCAACGCGGGCCCGGGGGAGGAUCUCGAUCCCACUGCGGUCACCAUGUCUUCGCUCUGCGACGACACUGGACAAGGGCGUAUAAGCAGCAAGGCGGCGCAGAUAAUCACCAAUCAUGCCGCCUGGCGAGCGGCGAGCAGGGAAAAGAGGGCUCGGCUGCGCGCUAUCGCAGAGGCGAAGAAAUACGGCAGGAACAUCGAUGAUGAAGAACAGCCACCUGCCUCGACCAGUGGUGACGCAGCCGAACCCUCUCAGGAGAAUCCUUCCUCCAGUCGUGCUAGCGCCCCUCCUGGAGACUCUCAGGCUGGCCCCUCUACCACUGGGAGCGAUCGUCCCACAGAAGACGAACAAACGGUCGACGACUUCGAUUAUUCACAGAACCUUGCAAGCAGUCGGUACAACGUCCAGGUCAGGAUUGGCGCGAAUGGCGAGACGAUCAUCAAUGAAGAAUCAUUGUUUGUCAAUCGAGAUGAAGAGGAUGACACGGCCAAUUACACGCACAUCGAGGAAUCUGACGCAACGAAGUUUGUGAACUCGUCAUCCUACAGCAAGAAGCCUCGUGGGUCGCGGUGGAGCGCAGAGGAGACCGAGCUGUUCUUCGAUGCGCUAUCUCAAUUCGGCGAGAACUAUGAGUUGAUAUCGUAUGUAUUGCCUGGACGUGAUCGCAAAGCUUGCAAGAACAAGUUCAAAGCCGAGGACAAGAAGAAUCCGGCGAAGAUCAACUUUUGUCUCAAUCAUCGCAAACCUUUCGACAUCCAGACUUUGUCUCGAAUGACGGGAAAGGACUUCUCAGGCCCGACUCCUGAAAUCAGGGCCCCCACAGUCCUUCAGUCGACGGAACUUGACACCCACGUCCAGCCAGAAGCCGUUUCAGCACCGAAGGCUAUACGCAAGAAGAGCAAAACUCCCGGGCCUAAAGACGGAGAGGAAAUAUUGGGAAGUAUCGAGGAUAUGGACAAGGAAGACAGUUUGUUUGGCGAUGAUAUGAAUGUGUAGCGCCCCGAAUCACGAUAUGCACCGACAGUGCUUGGGAGACCACAGUUGUAGUGUGACUGCAUUGCCGGACUCGGGGUUGCCGGUGGUAGUAGUAUGUAGUCCAGAAAGCCACUUAGUCCAUGCCCACGGUACGUCCCCAGUAUGCAGUCUUGAUGUACGUUUGAUGUACGUACGGGUACCCUGUACGUAAGUACCCUCAGGCUGGGAUUCGAGCCCACCGAGCGCUCAGUCGCUUCAUGUGA